AUGAAAUUAUCAAAAGUUCUCUUCCUCAUCGCUCUUAUAACAUUAAAUGUAUUAUUAGUAUCGGUAUCAUCAGCACCAAUGAUGAUGAGAUUGGAAAAAAGACCGAAAGGCACAAUUCCUCCAAGUGGGCCAAGCAAAGGGGGGAAUGAUAUUCCAGUUGGCAGUUCCAAACCAGAUAACCCAUAG